AAGUGGGUCGCUGGGAUCCACCUACCGGCAAACUCUACAUUUGCUUGGAAGUGGGUGGUUCUUCAGCGGCCAAACCUUACUCCUUACCGGUGGGAAGAAACCCAAAACAGGGUUGCCGUCCUUGGGGAACAUAAUGGUACAUUUUUGGCACCGUGGAACACGGAAAUGGCCUUUGAUGUGGUUCCAUUCACAAGACCAAGAGAUGAUGAUAGUUUUUGGACAGACGAUGACGCAAAACAACUCAAGACACUGCAGAACUUAAUAGCACAGCAGACAAAAUAUGAAAAUGCUAGUCCAGAUGAACCAAAAGUACAACCCCCAAAUCAACCAGCAACACUUCUCGGUAGAGGAAUUCUAGAUAUAAUCUUAAGGCUUCCUCGUUGCGUGGGAUCCAUUGCCAUGUCUACCAUUGAAUUUAUUAAAAACAAAUUUGUCAGUUUUUGGCAAAGUCGACACAAUCAAGAUGAUGCUGGUGCUGUUAGAGAUUUGGGUACAUGGGUGUAGGAACAGUACACCGCGGUCGAAUAUAUAGUUCAAAUGAUUUUCCUUCCAAUUCGUCAUUGGAAACUUGCCCUUUACAGCUGUAAAGAAGGAAAUUUUAAUGGAAAAAAUAAAGGAAAACUUUGGGGGAAAGUUAUUUUAUUUUUGCUGUCUCUCUACCGAAGUAUCCAAUGUCCCAAAGAUAUCGCAGCUGGACAUUGCAACAAAAAGUCCAAGAUCAACUGCUAAACCCAUGGAACAUUUGUACAAUACCUACCGAUGUUCUCACUCUGAGCGGGAUUUGAGAAUUACCGAAAGUUCAACUGUGUAUAAUUUCACCCAAUUAUAUGUCUCCGUGGAUAUUAAAGAAUG